CGGCCAUCUUGGGGGCUGGAGGCGGUGCCGCUGGACUGAGCGGAAGUUCCCGUGUAGCUUCCCGGACCCCGAGUGGAGUGCUGGCGGCCGUCCUGUCCGCCGUCCUCCUUCCGCAGCCGUGAGGGAGACCGCAGCUUGGCCGCAGCGGAGCUGCGAGUUACAGAAUGUCUGAAGGAGACAGUGUUGGAGACUCUGUCCAUGGGAAGCCAUCAGUGGUGUACAGAUUUUUCACACGGCUUGGACAGAUUUAUCAGUCCUGGCUGGACAAAUCCACCCCUUACACAGCUGUGCGGUGGGUCGUGACACUGGGCCUGAGUUUUGUCUACAUGAUUAGAGUUUACUUGUUACAGGGUUGGUACAUCGUGACCUACGCCCUGGGAAUCUACCACCUAAACCUUUUCAUAGCGUUCCUUUCUCCCAAAGUGGAUCCUUCCUUGAUGGAAGACUCAGAUGAUGGCCCUUCAUUACCAACCAAACAGAAUGAGGAAUUUCGUCCCUUCAUUCGAAGGCUUCCAGAGUUCAAAUUUUGGCACGCGGCUACCAAGGGUAUCCUUGUGGCUAUGGUCUGUACCUUCUUUGAGGCUUUUAACGUCCCAGUGUUCUGGCCAAUCCUGGUGAUGUACUUCAUCAUGCUUUUCUGUAUCACAAUGAAGAGGCAAAUAAAGCACAUGAUUAAAUACCGGUACAUACCAUUCACACAUGGAAAGAGGAGAUACAAGGGGAAGGAGGACGUGGGCAAGACAUUUGCUAGUUAGAAGCUGGACUGAAUCUCACACGCAUUCAAGAACGGUUUUGAGCCAUUGUAACAAUGCCUUUUUCUUCACAUAAAGUAGUUGAUUAUGAGGGAGUCUAAUUUUCUUUUUAAAAGGAGCCUCAAUGAUUUGUAUCUGAACUAUCAGGUUCUUGAAGAAACUGGCAUUUAAACCAAAUUGCAUUGAUUUCUUUUUCAGUGGUGUUCAUGUGUUCAAAUGGACAGACUUGUAGUAAACUGCAGGCUUGGGAGGCCAGGUUGGGUGGCAGCCUAAGGGAGAGCGAGAACUGGAAUGAAACUGGAGGAGUCCCCCUCCCCCCGAGCUGCCUUCCUGACCACGCUGAGGCCACUCCUCUGUGCCAGAGGGACAUGCCAGCCCGAUUCCUAUGUGUGAAGGAUGUAACACUUUUAAGGGUGAUCUUAUGUAACUGGGUUCUCAUGCCAGUUUCUGAAUCUCAUCUCAGUAGAGAUGAUUCGAAUUGGCCUUUAUUGUAAUGACUCAAGACUUUGUUCUUAACUACCAUGAUUGCUUUGAGGGCCUGGAAUUAUAAAUAUAUAUUAUAUUUUAAUUGUUUGAGACUAUUUUGACACAUUCCUUUGAUAUAUAAAGUUUGUUUUGCUUUUAAUUAAUUUCAAUUUGUUCUCAUGCAACCCCUUUGAGGAAACAACUGGCCAGAACACACCAGGUUUGAGGGUUUGGCACACGGCUUUUCACUUUCUAUGGGGAAAAAAUGGAACCUGCCGCAUGUCAACUUUUUGAUGUGAUAAAAACAAUAGAACAUUUUACUGACUUUUUAAUUCUAAAUUUAUUAAAGAAAGUCUCCCCUUG